GAGUGAGAGAAUCAUCCGCGGAAGGGUCCCGAGGGAGGGAGGGGCUGGGCGGGCGCAGAUCGGCAUUGGAGCCUGUGUGUGGUAACCAGAUGCGGGCAGCAGGGCGAGGAGGGGAGGAGGCGAAUGGGGAAGGGGUUACAGGGCAGGAGAAUCAAGGGCAUGGAAAGAAGAGUCAGGUUGGGAAAGGGCAUGGGUUGGUGGGAGAAGGGGUGAAGCACGAGAGGGAGGAGGCAGGGGAGGGUAAGGAGGACGCCAGGUGUCCUGUUCUGGUUGGCCGGUUCCCCGUGCACAGGCCACGGCAGCGGGCGGGCGUGGGUGGCGCAAUGGGUGGCACGGUAGGCGGGUGGAGUGGCGGGUCGGGGCGGCGACUCUCGGUGCUGAAUAAGACAAGGGACCCACAAAGGGUGAGGAGAAUAGAGUCUGAGAGUGACAGUGAGAGGGAUUUGGGGAGAGUGAGGAGAGAAGAGAGUGGGAGUGGGAGUGAGAGGGACGUGCGUGUGUGUUUGAUAGCUGAGGGUGGUGUGAGCGAGAGGGAUGGUGGUGAGAGUGCGAGGGACAGGGAGUGGGGGUUUGUGGUGCGAGCAGCAGGAGUGGGGGAGAAGGGCAGGGAGAGGGAGGAUGAUAGGGAGAGCGCUGAAGAGGUGAGUGUGUUAGGGGAGGAUGAGGCGGGGACUGAGAGGGAUGAUGGAAGGGAGGGAGAUUCGGGAGAGGGAGUGAGUGAGAGGAGGAGUAGCGAGGCGAGGAGUGAGGGGAGAGGACAGGAGAAGAGCAGCGGGGAGGGCGAGAGAGGGAGGGAGGCAGAAGGCAGCAGGGAAGGAGAGGGAGGGAGGGAGGCAGACAGCAGCACAGAGGCAGGAACCGACCUGCUGCCGUGUGUGCGGCAGCAGUCGCUGCCUCUCAGCCGCAGCUGCAGCUCGCUGGUGCCGGCACGGCGCUACUUCUCCGAUGGGGGCGAGGAGGCGCAGAGAGACGCCAGGAGGGGCGUCCCUGCCAUGCCUGCAAUGCCGCAGAGAGGAGCAUUGGGAGCGGAAGAAGGGGCGCAGGGAGGGGAAGCAUUGGUUGGUGCGGGGCUGGGCAGGAGUAGCAGUGGUGGCGGCGGUGGUGUUGCUGCGCGUGCAGGCAUGGCGUCGCCGUCCCCUGGCAUGAGACGGAGCUUCUCCUUCACUCAGGGCGCCAGGCUCGCAGCUGCGGGGGCAGCGGCGGUGCAAGCAGUGGGCAGUGGGCGAGGGGAGGCAGGGCAUGGGGCGGCGGACAUAGGAGGGAUGGGGGCAGCGGGGGUGUGGGAGGGGCCGUGGAGGAAGCUGCAAUGGUGCGAGGUGGAGCAGGCGACAGAUGGGUUCGCCACUCGGAACCUUCUGGGAACGUGCGGGGGCUACAGCCGGGUGUAUCAAGGGCGGCUGGCCGGCGGGCAGCAGAUAGCCGUGAGGCGCGAGAUGCUCUCCUGCCCCUCCGCUGCUGCCGCUCGUGGUGCUGCUGAUUGUGCUGAUGGUGGUUGUGGUGGUGCUGGUGGGGUUAUUGCUGCUUAUGGUGCCAGGCAGGGCGGCAGCCCACGUGGCAGCGUGCCAUUGGCUGCCGAACGUGGGCUGAGCAGCGAAGUGGCGGCUGAGCUGGCAGUGCUAGCAACGCUGAGUCACCGCCACAUGGCACAGCUGGUGGGGGUGUGUGCGGAGAGGAGGGACGAGGUGGCGCUAGUGUUCGAGCACAUGGAAGGGGGCACCCUUGAGUCUGCUCUCAGGGGGGAUGCUGGAAGCUCUGUGUCUGCUAACCAGGGGCCUCUCCCCUGGUCUGUGCGGCCAAUGAUAGCGCGCCAGCUGGCACUGGCGCUGCACUACCUGCACGAGGGGGCGCCCCAGCCAGUGGUGCAUCGGAACGUGCGGACGGCGAGUUUGAUGCUAACGAGGGGCGGCGAGGUGAAGCUAUCGGAGUUUGGGUUGGCUCUCUUCGCCGCUCCCAACGAUGCGCCCAUGCAAGCGCCACUCGCAGGCAGCUUCGGCUACCUGGCUCCAGAGUACCUCUCUCACGGGGCAGUGAGCUCGAGCACAGACGUGUUUGCGUUCGGAGUGGUGCUGCUGGAGUUGCUCUCCGGCCAGCCGCCUGUGGAUGACUCCCGGCCCCGUGGGAUGCAGUGCCUCGUGCAAUGGGCACGGCCGCUGAUAGAAGCGGGCAGGCUGCAUGAGGUGGCGGAUCCAGCCCUGCAGGCCAGGUACCACCCGCACCAGUUCGCCCUGCUCGCCCGCACCGCCCUGCUCUGCACUCACAAGGACCCCUCGCAACGACCCUCCAUGCUGCAGUGCUUCGGUUUUCCUGCCUCUCCUUCGUCCUGCCUCUCCUCCUUUCCUGCCUCUCCUACCGUCCUGCCUCUCGUCCGUCCGCCUCUCCUCCAUCCUGCCUCUCCUCCAUCCUGCCUCUCCUCCAUCCUGCCUAUCCUCCCGUCCUGCCUCUCCUCCCCGUCUUGCCUCUCCCCCCGACUUGCCACUGCAUCUCUUCCCCCACACAGUGCAUAUUAUCCAUGGCUCUGCCUUUCUCACGCAGCCAGCCAUGCUACCAUGCCAUCCCAUCCCAUCACCCCCCCUCUGCUCACCACAGGUUCUCCACCUCAUAGACUCGGGCCCUCCUGGCCCUCCUGGUAA